GGCUGGUAUCCCACGAGUGAUUUAUGUCAACAUUGUCAACGUCGCGGUGGUAUUUUAUUAUUUUACGUGAUUAAAUAGAAUAAAUUAGGAAAAUUAAGAUAAAUGUAGUAUUUUAUUUCAAAUUAUAAUAGUACUAAGCAACAUGAAUACUUCUGUAGAAGGUAUUAUUGUGAACAAUUGUCAAUACGCCCCGAUUUACGUGAUACAAGAUCCUGGCGCCACUCAGGGAAAUACAUACGUCCUUGCAUCGAAUAAUGUUGAGUCACCCAAACCAGUCAGUAAUAACCUGAAAUCAUUCUACGAAAACAGCGGAAAUAUCGAGAAUGGGUUAAUAAACACCGACACCGGUGUCAAGCUCAAUGUGGUCAAAAAGAAAGAGAGCGUAUUGAUCGGAAAUAAUUUAAAAUUGGCCAGUUUCUUGCUGCCAAAAAACGAGAAUGUAAAUAAACAAUAUGUAGUCGAUAAUUUUGUUUUAAAACCUACAACAACAACAACUACAACAGCAAGCAAUCCAAUACCAAUAAACAAUACACUAAAUACAGUACCAAAAAUAGAUAUUGAUAGAAAGAUUGUGAAACUCAAAGAGGUUCCGAUCAUCAACAGACAGAAAUUUUUGCCAAAGAUUAAGCCAAAAGAGAACACACCCACUCCCACUCGAUCCAAACACACAUCAGUGCAAUUAAUAAGAUUAGGAGAAACUUAUCAUAGUUUAAAUCAUUUAAGUACUGAUCAAAUAAAGAUGGUGAAUCAAGCUUUGAAAAUGUUCAAUGAUCCUGAUAAAACAGUGCCGGAGCCUACUUACGAUCCUGUCACCAAUACUAAGUAUAUUUACAAGGUUGUAUCACCAAAAGAUUUAACAGUAGUGGCCAAAAAGAAAAUUUUGUUGAAAGAUCGAAAGCAUCAAUUCACUAAAAUCCAUAAAAGAAUAGAAGCAGAGAAAAUCGUGAAACAUACGCCGCCAGAGAAAAUUGUGAAGCAAGUUGUUACUAAAGAGAUUCCAGUGCAGAAGGAAAUUGUUGAAGAAGAGGUUGAACCACCAGCUGAGGCCAAGGUAACUAGAAGUGGUCGAAAGGUAAAACUGCCAAAACAAAUAUUACCAGAGGGAUCACCACAAAAGACUAAGAAGAAAAGUGGAACCAUUGUCUCUUGUUUCCAAUGUUCUACUGACUUUGGCAGUCUAUACCGGCUUCAAAAACAUUAUGAAAAUCAUCCCACUCACAUACCCGCAAAAAUCCAUUCCAAUUUAUUCCAUUGUUUACUUGCUAUUAUCAAGAGUGGCUCCGAUGGAAACAAAACUAACAUAUUUAUACAGCAGUUGGAACAACUUAUUGUUAAACUGAAAUCUUUACUACCAUGUUUACUGAGCAAAGUAGAAGGUACUGAUGGACAACCUUGCACAAUCAAUGAGGAUAUCGGCCGAUUAUUUGGCAUGAAUCCCGGCAAAUACAACAUCGAUGUAGAAGCAUUAAAUUGUGUGAAAGACAAAAAUGGGUACUGUAUACACAAUCCUCCAAAAAUCAAUCAACUGAACAAAGAUCAAAUUAAAUCUCCACAUUCAAUUAAAAAUAUGGAUGAAUUAUUGAACAAAUUAGAGAAUGAAACUGAAAAUUGUGCAAGAAUAAACUCAGUGGCAAAGUGGCCCACUGUGAGCAAGAGGAUUUGGAAGCUCAAACCGAAAACACAUGAACAAAGUGCUAAAAAAAUGAGACUGAAAUCAGAAGGGGACACACUCAUAGAACUAGGAACAGAAGACUUUACUUUUCCUAAAGAAGAAAAGAACAAUUUUAAUGCUGCAAGUGUUAUUCCCGAUAAUAAUAUAGAAACAGCAGAUAUUAUACCUGAAGAUGAAGUGGCGAAAUUGUUAGAGAGUACAAAAGACUGCGAAGUCAACUCUGAACCAGGGACUGAACAGCAGACUGAUGAUAUCACCACCAAGGAACUUAGUAAACCAAAAACUAACUACGUAAAAUUCCACAGUACGCACUUCGACAUUCGAUCCUCGCCUAUAAAAUCGUCUUCAACAGUGUUCCGUAAAUUCCAGAUAAAUCCUAGCAAAAUGGCUAAUUAUGAUGGGCAGGUUAUUCGUUCAUUAGAAAUGGUUAAUAAACCUAAUGAUAAAGAUGUUCCUCUGAAAAGAUCUAAUGGACUACCCAAUACAGAGAAUAAUACUAAUUUACAAAGCAGAGAAAACAGGGUUCACAUCAGUACAAAUCCUACUCUAAGUGUCAGACGUGACCUUUUAGACCCAAACAAUAGUAUACAAUUAAGUAUACCUGAUAGUUUACUUGAUUCAUUGACAAAUUCAGAUAGUAACCAUGUUGACAUGUCACCUAACAAUGGCUUACGAUUGCACUCUAUGACUGAUUCAAAUGGAAUACAACAUGUUACAGUACUGAAUUCAGAAAAUGAACUCGAUGUUAAUAUGCUAGAUUCAGAUAAUGACACCCGCCUUACUAAACCUGCUUCGCCAGAUCUGCAUGAUGAUAUGUCAAAUAUUAUAGUUGUUGGAGGAGACACUCCUGCUUCUCACUCAAGUAAUGAUUUACAUGUUACCAUAGAUGAUACUGACAGGAGGUUAGAUGUUAAUAUGCCAAAUUCAAAUAGUAUACAAUAUUUAGUUUCAACUACAGGUACUAGUUUACAUGAUUUGUUCAAAGAUGAUGUGGACUUAUCAUGUAAAGAUGUAGGUGUGAUAGACCCUGAUUUAAAAGACUGGAUUAUAGGUACAAGUGAAAAGUCAGAAGAUGGUUUUAGUAAGUCCAGUCUGAUGGAGCCAGUGUUGCUACAUAGUGAGAAAUCGUUAGACUCGAAGACUUUAACUCAGUGCAAUGAUAUGCCAACAUUAGACGACUCAUCUGACAAUCGCCUUCUGUCGAACCAAGGCGAAUCAGUAUUAAACUUUUUAGAUACACUAGGCAAUGACUUAUACCCAGAGACUGAGAUUAGAAAUAAUGGUGUGGACUUCCAGUUGGAUCUGUUCGCAUUUCAUAAUUCAUAGUAUAGUAGCAACUAAGAACAAUUUUAGUUUUAAGAAUUUAAGAAGAAAUGAUUUGAGUACAUAUAUUUUUAGAGAAAUAAUAGAUUUGUACUUAUUGGCAUAUUAGUUUAUUUAUCUAUUAUUUAUAUAAGUAUCAAUGAGAUUAGGUGAACUGCAAUUUAGAAAGAUAGGUGAAAAUGAGAAUGUAAUUUGAUAAUGUAUCUCACAAAUCAACUUUAGAAGCUAAAUUUAGAUUUUGUAUUCACUUUGGAUCACUGAUUGUGAUAAUAAUGUAAAGCAUGUGUAUAAUGCAGGAUGCAUUGGUAUACACAUGCAAUGAAUUACUGGUACAAUUACUUUGUAUUGUGUAAAUAAUAAAUUGGUAUAUAAAAGAAA